AUGUCAGUGGAUAUAAGAAACAGUGAUAGACGACGAUAUGUGUGCGAACUACAAGCCAGGGAGAAAGAAAUCGCUGCCGGGCUUCUCAAGACGUCUCAGCCCUCCUCCCCCAAAGCUGUGCAGGAGAAUGAGAAGCGUAUCCGACGCGAGAUUGCCAACAGCAACGAGCGUCGACGGAUGCAGUGCAUCAAUGCCGGCUUCUGCAACCUCAAGGCUCUGAUUCCACAGCUGGAUGGGGAGAAACUCAGCAAGGCCGCCAUUCUCCAACAUGCCACUGAGUACAUCACCUCACUGGAGAAGGAUAAGACGAAGCUGCAGAUACAGCUGGAGCACACCAAGAGGGUGCUGACGCAGCUGGGCCAGGACCGGAUGAUCACCGAUCCAUACGUGUCCAACUCUCCUCCCCCAUCCAAGCGGAAAAAACGUGACACAGAAUCAUCAGAUGAGGGUAUGGGUUCCCUCUCGGAUGCUUCGGACGAGGGUCCAGAUGUGCAGCAGGAGAAUGAUACCCUGCGUCAUCAGCUGGAGCAGGAGAAGCAGCAGUGUGCAGCUCUAGAAGAGCGUGUCCGUUGUCUGGAGAAUGAGCUGCUGACAGUACACCAGGCAAAGGGAAUUCACUCUAAUGCAUCAAAUGACUUGCAGGCAUUCAGGCUGGAGGAGCAGCAUCUGCAGAAUCAUGAUGCGUUGUGUGACCAAAGAGUUGUAGAUUUGUCUGCAUUUCAUCAGGCACAGGUCCCAUCCUCACAAGGUGAGAGCUUCCAGCAUCUGCAUCCAUCCCAGACACCUGAGCGGAAGAUGUUGUUUGAGGCAUCAUAUCCAUUGGAUGUGACCAUCCAAAGGUCUGAUGAGUCGUUACGUUACUGUGUCCUUAAUGGAGAUCUUUCAUCGUCAUCAGUUAAAUUAGAGGUCAUUACGACAAGGGAAACAAGCACUCCGAGGGUAGAGCCAGUUGCAACUCCUGCAGACCAGACAGCAGUUGCAGUGACGACAGCUGCACCCACUGUUGUGUCAGCGUCAACAGAUAAACAGAGCACAUGUCAUCUUCCUAGCUUCUGUCAUCGCGACCAUCCUAGACGGCGCCACAGACAGCUGGCUCAGCUGGAGCAGGAAAAGGCCGAGGAGGAGUUGCGACACCAGCAACAGCAGACGCCAGUGACGGCGCCCAGCUUGUACCGGCCGAAACACAGUACACAAAACCUGGAAAAUCUGGUAGAAGCCAUAAGACAGAUUGAAGGAGACAGAAUCCUACUGGACGAGCAGAAAGCUUUCGAAGAGAAGCAUAUAUAUGAUCACUAUAACUCCCCAAUGAAGCACGAAGACAGCGAAAGAGAGAACAGUAGUUUUGCUGACCAGAGUGAGGUCAUUUCCCGAAGCUCUGGACAGGAUUCUCCGCUCCGUCAUCACCAUCAGCAAACUGUCGAGGCUAGUCAUCUGCGUACAGCGCUGCCUGUGACACUCAGCCCGAACAUCAUCGUCAGCAGCAGCAGUAGUAACUUCUCUGAAAAAUACCCCAUCGCUGCCCGUCUGCUCCAUCGCUCAUCUCUUGAGCCAACCUACUACAGACCAGGGGUUAUUGUUCACAAGCAGUGA